UGUUAUUUCUAUUACGACAACUCCGCUCUUGGACCCUGGCGCUGGAGUUUUUGUGGCUGUGAGAAAUCUGUCGGCCUCUGGGAGUCUGUUGGCCACCAACAUCCUGGAGACGUGAGAGGAGGAUAUCAUCUUGUGUGGAUUAAAUUCACUGAAUUGUCGCAGAGACUCUGCGUUCAUCUCGGAGAUACCAGGUUAUGAAAGCAGGGAGCUGCUCGCGCCUCCUAACCCCUUUUAAGCUAGCUGUCUCCAGUAACAAACGUCUGUCAUAUCGGUGGUUUUUGCAACCAAACCCUCUGAGGGUGAACUAGCUUAGCUGGGGUUUCUUUAUAUGGACCUGGAAUAGCUGUGCUGAUAUUUCUCCUCGGAUAAUCCAACCGGGACCCAGACUGGCACACCCUCAGCCGGGUCCGGAUUCCUGGCCGCUGGAAGCCCUCUCAGGUGGAGCAUCCUGACCAACCAUCAGAGAACAGGAUUGAACGAGGAAGGAGGGAAUCCCUCUGUCCUGUUUUUGAAGAGGAAACUCUGAACCCAUCUGUCAAGAAUCUCCUCUUCAUUUUGUUGCGGUUCGUUUUAGCACUUUCCUCCAGAGAGGCGUAUUCCCCUAAGGGUCAAGUUUGUAGCGCUGUUAUCCAAGCCUCAGUUCUCUCUGAAGGGCCGAGCGAGUAGAGGGAAGUCCCUGGAGAAGGAGGCGAAGAGGAAAACCGCCUAUAGCUGUUACAUAACCAACAGCCACGGUCAAGCCCACCGUCAUCAGCAACGGCUUUAGUCCUGCCACAUUUCUGCCCUGAAAUGAGAUAAUUACCCUACAUCAUCACUGAGUGUAACGACUCAGCAGCUGCACGUGCAUGGAUACUAAUGGAUGGUCUGCUGGAUUUAGCCCUGCGUGUUUUGGGAAGAAGUGCUCGGUGGCUUCCUGCUUUUUGCCCUGCGAUCGCCUCGGGAAUGUAGCCGGCAGGUGAGGUGGUUUCAGCCGGCCACCGCUGGGGUUUAGGGAUGCCCCGACACAGGAAAACCAGACUCCUCCUGCACUGGCCCGCAUACAGACUGCUCUGUCUGACACACGUCCUGGACUGAAGCUCCAACACGCUAAGAAAAGGGGGUUGGCAUAAUUUUUUUUUUAUUUGCAACCAUUUUGCUGCAUUUCUUUUUUGCUGUUUUUUUUUAUUUUUUUGGAUGCGGAUGUGUGGAGCUGUCGAUGUAAUCUGAAGAAGACCACAGAGAAGAAGAAAACAGCGCGCCUCAGCAAAUCAUUCCUCUCUGUUCUUUGUUUCUGCCUCACUUGGUUUAUUUUUUUUUCUCUCUUUUGUUUCCACCUGAACAGGUCUACCUCUGCCUACAUACCUCAUUUAUAUUCCCAAUCAAGCUACAUCUGGCCACAUCAGGGUGAUGCUCUGCUGGAAUGACUUUCAUUCAAAGGGUCCAAACACUUUUUUUAACAGAAAUUUUAUUCCACUACAAAGAUUUCUGCCAAGCCUGUGAUCAUUGAGUUGAACAUCAUUCCCUUCAACUCACUUCUUCUGCUAAAAGAAUAGUUUCUACUCUUCAACAUGUUUGUUUGCAUCGUUUUGGGCCAAAACACAAAUUCCUUUGCAUAAUCUGUGACUUUUGCAGUCGGGAAAGUAAAAAAAAACAGAGAAAAAAGAAGCAUCCACUUUGCUUUUCAUGCCGGAUGUGGUGCUACCUAAAAGUCAGACCCCUCCUCUCCUUUGCAUCCACCCUGUCCCUGUUUUUGCUCUAGAGUCCGCUUAUCCCGGAGUGUUAAUGACGGACUCCUUAACGUAGUGGUUGGCGAGCGAAAGCACCAAUCGCAGCAUACAGGAAGUGAUGCCAGGUAGCAGCAGUAAGAGCGGAGGGCGGGGUCCAUCCUCGUCGCCUCUGCCGCACGCUGUGGUCUCACCCAGCAGGCCCCUCAGACCUUCCCGCUAUGUCCCAGUUGCAGCCGCCACCUUCUUCCUCGUUGGGUCCACCACGCUUUUCUUCUGCUUCACGUGCCCGUGGCUUUCUGAGCAGUUCUCCGUCGCCGUUCCCAUCUACAAUGGAGUCAUCUUCCUGUUUGUUUUGGCUAACUUCUGCAUGGCCACAUUCAUGGACCCCGGCAUUUUCCCAAGAGCGGACGAAGAUGAGGACAAAGAGGAUGAUUUCCGCGCUCCGCUCUACAAAACGGUGGAGAUCAGAGGGAUUCAGGUCCGGAUGAAAUGGUGCUCAACUUGUCGUUUCUACAGACCACCCCGCUGCUCCCACUGCUCCGUCUGUGACAACUGUGUGGAGGAGUUCGACCAUCACUGUCCAUGGGUGAACAACUGCAUCGGCAGGAGGAACUACCGCUACUUCUUCCUGUUCCUGCUGUCUCUGACGGCUCACAUCAUGGCCGUGUUUGGGUUUGGCCUGCUCUUUAUUCUCUGUCAGCGGCAGAACAUCAACCACCUGCACGCCAUCGUUACGCUGGCUGUAAUGUGUGUUGCAGGCUUAUUCCUCAUCCCCGUCGCCGGGCUCACCGGUUUCCACGUCGUGCUCGUGGCCAGAGGCAGAACAACCAACGAGCAGGUGACAGGAAAGUUUCGAGGGGGAGUGAAUCCUUUCACUAAUGGCUGCUGGAGGAAUGUCUCUCAUGUUCUCUGCAGCUCCCAGGCACCGAGGUACUUGGGCAGGAAGAAGUGCGUGCAGAACGUGAGUGUGCAGCCUCCGUUUCUGCGGCUGCAGCUCACCGAGGCUCAACUGGCAGCCAAAAUCCUGGACAACGGCAUCCAGGGAGACCUGCACCGGUCCAAGUCCAGUCUUGAGAUGAUGGAGAGUCAGUCAUGUGACGCCGAGCCGCCUCCGCCUCCGAAACCAGAGCUGCGUUACCCUGGAAUCGGCCAAAGGAACGCAGAAGAGUGCAGCCUGCUGGGCAAAGCUCCUCCCACCCCCACCAUGUAUAAGUACCGGCCCACUUACAGCCCGGGGAAGAACCACACGACUCUCACUCAUGCUUACGCCAACCAGUUGAGUCGAGGGGAGAGCGUUGGCAGCGCCAGGGACUCGUCCUCCUCCACCUCCUCGCUCCUCCAGGCCAGCCAGCAGCCUGGUUUCCGCUCGCAGCCCAGCCUGGACCGCCGGGACGCGGUGUCGGACCGGGCCGUGGGCGGCGGCGAGCGGAGGGAGGCGGGGCGGGAGGCCGGUGGCGGCGGCGGCAUUCCUGGCUACACGCUGGGCGGACGCUCCUACCCGUCCUUCUCGGACCCCACUGUGCUGUCGGCGGUGGCAUCCCGGUCCUCCAGCUUGGCUGGCGCCGCCCACGUCUCCGAAGCGACCACCGCCUCCACCAGCUUCAAAAGCUUAGCCAAUCAGACGCCGCCGCCUCACCACCCGUCGCGUAACGGCAGCCUGUCGUACGACAGCCUGCUGGCGGGCGAGGACUUUGACAAAGCGGCGGCCCCUGAACCCCCCGCAGGGAGACUCUGUACACCAGCAACAGGCGGCUACGGCUCGCCCUUCCUGUCCCAGCAGAGAGAUGCCGACCUGCCGUCCCAGUCCUCCCAGUCUCCCCAUCACCAUCACCGCUCCUCCCACCACCACCACCCCUUCCUUCAUCGCUCCUCCUCCUCGUCUUCCUCCCCGCCUCCCCCGCCAGAGCGGGACCGCCUCCUUGGCGACCCCCACACCGCCCCGGCUGCCAACUCCUCAGCCCCGCUUCCCCCGCACCAUCAUCACCAUCACCACCACCACCACUCCCACCAUCAUCACCACCACUCCUCCUCCACCUCUUCCUCGUCCUCGCGCCCGCCGCGCUUCGCCGCCCCCCACCACGCCUAUCCGUACCGCACCCGCUCCACCGACGUCCCGCUGGGCUCCGGCGGCGCUUCCGCUCGCUCGCCGCUCUCUGCCCACCCCCCGCCGCUGGGCAAGUCGCUGUCGUACUCGAGCGCGGCGGCGGCUGAAAUGCAGUACCGCCUGGUCCGCAAGGCGUCGGCGUCGGCCGGCGCGAACGCCGCCGGCGUAGGAGGAGGAGGGGAAGGCGGGGGGAUGGGAGGAGCCAUACAAGCACCAAAAGGUGAGCUGAUCCAGAUGAAACCUCGGAGUCGGACCAAUGGUGGCCAGCCCUUUUCCUCCUCUUCCUCCUCCUGCUCCGCCCCUUCCUCCCCUUCUCACCUGAUCUCCUCGCCCAGCAGACCUGCCGCAGACCACCUGAGCUCGCCGGUGACUCAGAGUCCGGCCCACAAGCCUCCGGCCGGCGGCGUAAAGAAGGUAACCGGCGUCGGGGGAACCACCUACGAGAUCUCCGUAUGAUUUCCACUUGACUGUUCACCUGAGGAAUCUAACUGGAUCGUCCUGCCGCCCCCCUUACCUGAAACCAUGAAUCUGAUAAAAAACAAAAAACAUUUAACUCAUUUCUUGAGUUUUCAUCCUUUCUGGAGCUUUAGUUUUUUGGAUCCGGAUUCUGUUUGGACCUCCAAGAACCUCCUAACAUAGGUUUACAAGUGUAGCUUUUCCUACGGUUCAGAUGAGCACUUUGGACUUUGUUUAGAUCAAAUUUGUUUUUUAUAUUUUAAUAAAAACGUCUGGUUUGAGUGACGGUAAUCCUGCGCAGACUGUAGGAACCUCAUGGGAUCGAGUCGAAGGGCUUCUGCGGGAACUAAGCGUAAGAUCGGUCGGACGAUUAUCGGCAGAAUCUCCCUCCGUAAAUGCAGUGGACUCGGAGCGGGAAACGCUCAUGUCACCACAUGUUGCCUGAUGCAUGAGAGUCCCUGUAACCUCUGACCCCUGACCCUAUCACACGGAGGAAAAAAAAGGUGCAGCUCUCUGAACUCUGAUUCCAGGGAAUGCGACAUGUCAGCAUUGAGGGAGUAAAAAAAAAAACUACGUUCUGAUUGCCAGUGUUUUGCUAUUUUACUGAUUUACUCAAUGUGAAUUUAAUUCCAUGUCUGUACAGGAUGAUGUGUUUUAUUAUUUUUUUUUAAUGUGGAUUUAUUUUGUAAAACGUUCUUGGCAGACUGGAGCAUGCACUGUUUGCCACCGUAGGCUGCUGUCAUCAGACUGAGGGACAUUUUGUCUGUUUUUGAACAAACUAAAGUGAAUAUGGAAACUAUGUGUUGGCUCUUGAAGGAGCAAAAUUUUAUAGAAAAGUCUGAGCAAUUGCCUUGAAAAUUAACAUUUCAAGUUAUUCUGUUUUUUAAUUUUAUUUCUUGUAUUUAAUUUGACCCCUGUUUUAUAUCAAUUUAUAUGGAAACAUAGCUGUUGAUAAAUGAAGAGUUUUUAAAUAUUGAAGGGAAUGAAAGGAAGAAGGUGUCCCUUCUGAUUGGCUGAUUUGCUUCAGCCGCUCUUUUUCCAGAAUCACAGCUGGAAAAUGAUCUGGAUCCCCGUGAACAAUUCAACACGGAACCGUUUGGGGGAAAAAAUCCCAGCCACAUUUAGAAGAAGAUGCCCCGCCGGAGGAUUUCGGUGGAAAUUUGGAUAUUUGCAUCAAACGGUUCUAAGCAAAGUUGAUAUUUUGUGGGUGUGUGUGUGUGUGUGUGUGUGCGUGUGUGUGUGUUGGGAGGAACAAAAACAUUUCAGAUAGAAAGUAAUGUGUCAACCUGAGUCUGAAAAUAAAUGGUUAAAUGUGGACAACAGGA